AUGGCCCCUCCAAAGGUCUUUUCGCUUGAGGGCAAAGGCCUCAAGUUGGAUACCGCCGAGGAUAUCGAGACCCAUAUCAAGCCACUGCUCGAUAGCACUGAUUUUACUGAGAUCCGCCUUGGUGGUAACACUCUCGGUGUACCGGCCUCCGAGCGUCUGGCCUCCGUCCUUGUUGCGCAAAAAAACCUCGAAGUCGCUGACCUUGCCGAUAUCUUCACCUCACGUUUGCUCUCCGAGAUCCCUCAAGCCCUUGCCGCGCUCCUCAAUGCGCUCCUCGAGAUAUCUACUCUUCACACCGUCAACCUUUCCGACAAUGCCUUCGGUCUGAACACCCAGGCACCCCUCGUCGACUUUCUCUCGCGCCACGUGCCUCUCCGCCAUCUGAUCCUGAACAACAACGGUCUGGGUCCCGCUGCCGGAACACUGAUUGCCGAUGCGCUCACAAAGCUCGCAGAGCGCAAGGAAGAGGCCCGCAAGGCUGGCAAGGAGGUCCCUCUUCUGGAGAGCAUCGUCUGCGGACGGAACCGACUGGAGAAUGGCAGUAUGGAGGCAUGGGCACGUGCAUACAAGGUACAUGCUGCAGGCAUUCGCUCCGUCAAGAUGACUCAGAACGGCAUCCGCCAGGAGGGCAUCUCGUUGCUGCUGAAGGAGGGUCUUCGCCACGCUGGCGUCUUGGAGGUUCUGGACUUGCAGGAUAACACCUUCACCGUCAUGGGAUCGACAGCUCUUGCGGGUGUCGUCGCUGGAUGGCCUUCGUUGCGCGAGCUCGGUGUUGGCGACUGUCUGCUCUCCGCUCGAGGAGGUGUCAAGGUCGCACAGGCGCUGGCCGAAGGCAAGAACGAGAAGAUCCAGACCCUGCGUCUGCAAUACAACGACAUCACUGCUGAGGGUGUCAAGCAGUUCCUGCACGCCACCAAGACCGCCCUGCCUUCUCUGCGCCGUAUCGAGCUCAAUGGCAACAAGUUUCUCGAAGACGAUCCGAACGUGACCGAGUUGCAAGAGAUCUUGGAGGCUCGCAAGGAAGAGCACGGCACCGACGAUGAUCCGGAGGACAUGUGGGGCGUUGAUGAGCUGGAUGAGCUCGAAGAGGAUAGUGAAGAGGAGGACGAAGACAUUGAGGCAGAGGCCGAAGAGGAGGAGGAGGAGCACAAGGCCGACAAGUUCCUUAAGGAGAACGUGCGGGCCGAAGAUGAGAAGGUCGCUCAAAGACAGGACAAGGAUGUCGACGAGCUCGCGGAAGCUCUGGGAAAGACUGCUCUUUAA